GGGGUUCAAUUGUUCAUGAAGUGGUCCACGUGGGCGCUCUCCCACUUCUUGGAGCUUGGAAACGUCAUGCAGGACGCAGAGCAAGCGUGGAAAUCCGUCGCCUUCAUGUCAUUCUCUGUGUGCUUCACCAACUUCAGACUGUUUCACCCGUCAUUCUCUGUGCUCUGUUUUUCUCCUUGACUCCCUCCUUCUCCUUCUCCUUCUCCUUCUCUGUUUUGCUAUCCACAACAGGACAAUCUAUCUCUCUCUCUCUCUCUCUCUCUCUCUCUCUGUGCCAAAAUCUUGUUGGCUGGAGAUACAGAGAGAGGGGGAGAGUACUGGUGAUCAGAGCAUGGCCAGAUCAGAGGGCACAGUCUACAAGCUGUGCUUGGUGUGUUCCAUGCUUGUGAAUCUCUUCUUUGGGGUGAAUCUUUAUGUGGGUCGCCGUGGCGUGUGGGGUUGGAAGCGGGGCAACGAUGAGGUGCGUGUCCAGGGGCUGAGCUGGAGCGGGAGAGCGGCGGCCGAGGCCGAGUUGGCGGCGGCGGAGGAGUGCUCGGGCCACGGGAGGGCGUUUCUUGACGGGAUCAUGGUCGACGGGCGGCCGGUCUGCGAGUGCAGCACUUGCUACGGCGGCCCGGACUGCUCCCUCUUCAUGCCCUCUUGCUCUGCCAAUGCCAACGGGGGAGAUCCAUUGUUCUUGGAGCCAUUCUGGAAGCAGCAUGCAGAGAGCAGUGCAGUAGUGGUGGCAGGGUGGCACAGGAUGAGCUACUCCUUCAGUGACGAGACCACCUUGUCCAAAGAGCUUGAGUCUCUCCUCAGGAAGCUGCACUCCCAGGUUGGGAAUGCCGUCACAGACGGCAAAUACAUUUUGUUUGGUGCUGGCUCUACCCAACUCCUCAAUGCUGCUGUCCAUGCUCUCUCUCCUCGCAACUCUUCACUUCCUGCUUCUGUUGUGGCCUCAAUCCCCUACUAUGCGCUUUAUCAAAUGCAAAUAGAGUUUUUCGACUCGGCAGACUGUAGCUUCCAGGGAGACACGGCGCGAUGGAAGAACGCAACCAACACCACCGGGGACAUCAUCGAGUUCGUGACUGCACCAAACAAUCCCGAUGGAUUGUUGAACGAGGCCGUUCUCCAUGGCCCUAAUGUUAAAACUAUUUACGACCGUGCUUAUUACUGGCCACAUUUCACCGGGAUUCCUUCCCCGGCAGAUGAGGACCUCACCAUCUUCACUAUCUCUAAGCUCACUGGUCAUGCCGGUAGCAGAUUCGGAUGGGCAUUCAUAAGGAAUGAAGAGGUGUACGAAAGGAUGGCGUGGUACCUGGAAUUGAACACGAUGGGCGUCUCGAGGGACACUCAGCUAAGAGCUCUGAAGCUUCUGAAAGUGAUCGUCGAAGAUGGAGGGAGGGAAAUAUUCGAGUUCGGAUACAAAACGAUGACCAAACGUUGGGACAGACUGAGGAAGACACUGUCCAUGUCAACAAGAUUCUCUCUCCAGAAAAUCCCACCCGAAAACUGUACCUUUUUCCAGAAAGUCAGGGAUCCAACUCCAGCUUAUGCAUGGGUGAAAUGUGAGAGGGAGGAAGAUAGGAACUGCGUUGAGAUCCUAAGUGCAGCCAAAAUCAUCGGUAGAGGAGGGAGCGUGUUCCAUGACGACGAGAGAUAUGUGAGGCUCAGCAUCAUUAGGAGCGACGACGAUUUUGAUGCAUUGAUAAGCCGUUUAGAGAGGCUAGUCUCCAGGGAAGAUGGAGCCAAAACCAUGUGAUUGCGAAGAAAGAAUGACAGUCAAUCUUGCGUUGAUUUGUGAUUCUGGUUUUGGACAAAGUGAUUAAAUCACGGGAUCUAUAUGUACAUAUCCCGUGUACUAUAGCCAUGGUCAUGACUAUUGACCUCUUUAAGAAAGAGUGAUGUAUAGGUCUUUAACUUACAGUGUGUUGCAGACAUUUGGUUUAUAGCAGACUAUAAUGCAAGACUGCAUAUAUUUCUCUUUU